AUGAUCAACAACAUAUCUCAGCAACAACAUCAAUUGAAACUUGAUUCACAUCCCAAUUCCACAACAACAUGUCAUAAAAGACAGAAGAUUAUAGAGCAGAGAAAGUCACUUCCUAUUGCUUCGGUUGAGAAGAGAUUAAUUGAAGAGGUUCACAAGAAUGAUAUUUUGAUUGUUGUUGGUGAAACUGGAAGUGGAAAAACUACACAGAUUCCACAAUUUUUAUUUCAUGCUGGAUUUUGCCACGACGGGAAAGUUGUUGGGAUAACUCAGCCGAGACGUGUUGCUGCUAUCACUGUGGCCAAGCGUGUUGCUGAAGAAUGUGGUUGUGAGUUGGGCCAAAAGGUUGGGUACUCUGUUAGAUUUGAUGAUUCUACUUCCAACUCAACAAGGAUCAAAUAUAUGACAGAUGGGUUGCUUCUGAGGGAGGCAUUGUUGGAUCCUUAUCUUUCUAAGUAUUCUGUUAUAAUUGUCGAUGAAGCACACGAGAGAACUGUCCACACUGAUGUCUUGAUGGGCUUGCUAAAAAAUGUGCAACUUGCUCGGUCAAAUUCUAUCAAAGAUGGUCGGAACCUUAAUAAUGAGAACAAGAAUACAAAUGGUUUCAUGUUGUUGGAUAAAGAUAAUGGCCAGAAUGGAAGUUCUCUUAGAAAAGACCACCACAAAAAGAGUUCUCCAUUGAAGUUAAUCAUCAUGUCUGCAAGUCUUGAUGCUCGCACCUUCUCUGAGUACUUUGGUGGUGCCAAAGCUGUUCACAUCCAAGGGAGACAGUUUCCUGUGGAUGUAUUUUAUACUCGUCAUCCAGAAACAGAUUAUGUAGAUGCUGCCUUGAUAACGAUUUUCCAGGUCAUUGGUUUAAUCAGUGCAUGUAAGAAUUUAAUAACGUGGUUUAACUUAUUUUAUUGUAAGACACCUUAGAU